AUGGCAGCCUACCGUGCGACGUCUCUAUUCCAGCCUCAUCAUACCCGUGAAGCGAUACGUGAUGCCCACGAGGGCAAGAUCCCACCUCUCCUUGGCCUGUUUCUCGCUUUGAGUACUGUCCCCACUGCAAGAUUCAUCGCACCACUCGGUUUUGAUGCCGUCUGGAUCGAUUGGGAGCAUUCUUCUUGUGGCGUGGAAACCAUGACCACGAUGGUCCACGAAAUACAAUUCAUGAGUGAAGGUCGAACCAUCCCCUGGGUCCGAGUCCCAGGGCACGACCACGCCACCAUCGGCUUCGCCCUCGACGCCGGCGCCUCGGUCGUCAUCCCGCAAGUCAACACCGUCGCCGAAGCCCAACACGCCAUCUCCUCCGCCAAAUACGGUGUCAAGAACCGCGGCACCCGCUCCGCCCCUCCCUACCGCCUCAUCCCGGGCGUCACGACCCUCCCCAGCGAUCCCGCCGAAACCGUCCACGAGAACAUGAACCGCCAAGCGGCAAUCAUGAUCCAGAUCGAAACCGUCGAGGGCAUCGACAACCUCGACGCCAUCCUCACCCACGUCCCGGACAUCGACGCCAGCACGCUCGACAUCCGGGUGAGCAUGGAUCCGGCCGCGACGGACUACGGGGACCCCGGAACCGGAGUACUCGGAAGCGGUCGCCGAGUUCGCGCGCGUGCUGAGGAAACACGACAAGCCGCGCGGAGGGCUCGCCAUGGGGAGGCCGGAGGUCGUGAGGGAGUUGGGCAAGGACGAUUGCAUCAGUUUCAUCGCGGGCAGAUGUGGCGGCGUUGA